ACCAACAGUUAACUUGGUACUUUAAGUCAAAUAAAAUUUGUACAAACUUUUUGGAACUCAAAUAAUUUAGUCACGAAAUAUAUAUAUUUUUUAGAAAUAAAAAAGAAUAUGUUGGCGAGAAUCAUUAAAAGUGGCAUUUUGGGUGCACAACAAAAUUUCCCCAGUAUUUGCGCCAAUCGCCUCUUCACCAACGAAUACAGCGCGCACAUACCAGGCGGUGGUCUUGAGAAAUUAUCUGGCUGCUUUAAGGAGGAAAGCUACUUCAAUCUGAACGACCUGAAGCUUUUGCUCAAAAUGCGCGAACAGACGCUACGCGGCGCCGGUUAUGACACCACCGAAAUGAAUAGCGUGAUCGAAGAGAUCGAAGAGCUCCGUCCACUGACGGAGGCACAUCGUCAGCAGAGUUUUAUGAACAAGCAUAAGAACUCCAUGGAGGAGCUGUAUUUUCUAACCGAGGAAUCGAUGAAUUUGCGUCGGCUCGAACAAAAAAUGCAAAUAGAAGCCGAGCAGAAGUUGCGUGAAGAUAUGGCUUUGGAAAGAAGUCAACGCGCCACACAGUUUUCAAAUCAAGUGGAGGCAAUGGCUAAUUUGCGCAGUAUCCGAUAUCCGAAGUGAACCAAUUUUUUUUCUUUUCAAAAUUUUAUUUUUAUUUAUUUAUUUAUUCGAACAAACGAAAAAAUUAAGCAACAAAAUACUAUUUUUUUUUGGUACACAACAGUUUAUAUGCAAGUUGGCUUUUUUAAAUUUUUUUCGUUUUUUUUUUUUGUUUUGUACAAUAUUUUUUUAUUUUUGAACAUUUUUUCGAGAACUAUGUACGUUCGCUUCCGGAAGAAAAUGUGGGGAAUUUAAAAAAGCCCAACUGCGCAGAGUUGCACGUAUUAACACGCACACGUACACGCACACACAAUCACAUUCACGCACAAGCGUAAGCUAAUAUUGUAAUUAUAACGGUAAACCUCAGGUGUUGUUGUUGUAUGCAUGUAGGUAUAAUAUGAAGACUCACAUAUAAACGUGUAAAAAUCGGAUAGGACAUAUAAGUUAAUCCAUGUGUGUAUAUGUUUUAGACUUGCAUAUGUGACCCAAGUGCGCCAUUUUUUAUAUGUAUGUCAAAUUACAAUUGAACACAUAUAUUUCUGAUAUUUUGCCUUCAAUAAUUGAAGUAUUAAACUUAAACGAUUGCCAAAAGAAACAA